AUGAGUCUUAAAAAAGUUAUUGAAUCAUAUGAAAGUACCACAACUGUGAUUGAUAAUAAUGAAAAUAAGGAAAUUGAAAAAAUCGAUGUUUGUUUAAAUUACACAUCUGAUAUUUUAAAAUUAAUGAAAGAACUUGGUGUUAAUGUUAAACAUGAUAAAUAA